UGCAGGAGGCGGAGCUUCUGAUGCAACAGAACAUUCGUGUCUGAGCGGAGUAAAGACGCUAUAUCGACUGUAAUAUUAUACAAACAGAAGGCAGGACCCUUCAAAAUAAGGCCAGCCCAACCAUGGGGAAGUCUCUGUUUUCUUUGCCAAAGCAAAAAGAGGACCAGGAGAACCUGACCGAAAACACAGAGUCUCACACUGAGGACGAUAAACAUGAUGUGUCACAGUUUCCAUAUGUUGAAUUCACUGGCAGAGACAGCAUCACCUGUCCUACUUGUCAAGGGACGGGGAGGAUACCUAGAGACCAAGAAAACCAGCUAGUUGCUUUGAUACCGUACAGUGACCAGAGGCUGAAGCCAAGACGAACGCAAGUUAAUUUCAAUAUCCGAUUCAAAUCAGCACUGGAUACUAUAUAUUUUAUGACUGACUGUAUAUUCUUGCACUAUUACAGGACAUUGUACGUGUCUUUAUCAGUCUUUCUGUGUCUGCUACUCUCUGGUUUGGCUGUGUUCUUCCUGUUCCCUCGGACUAUUGACGUCUCUUAUGUUGGGGUGAAGUCAGCCUAUGUCACAUACAAUCGAGACCAGCGGAUAAUAUACAUAAAUCUCACGAAUACUCUGAACAUCACCAACAAUAAUUACUACCCAGUGCGCGUGGCCAACAUCACAGCACAGGUGCAGUUCUACAAGACUGUGAUUGGAAAGGCCGUCGUCAGUAAUGUCACCAGUAUCACCCCUCUGGAUCUGCGUCAGGUCGAUUUCACUGUUCCCACCAUCAUAGCAAAUGAGAUGAACUACAUAUUUGACUACUGUACCAUGCCAUCAAUUAAAGUGCAUAACAUUGUCGUCAUGAUGCAGAUGACUGUAACUGUCAUGUACUUUGGCCACGCUGAGCAGGUGUCUCAGGAGAAGUACCUGUACGUUGACUGUGGAUCAAACACCACAUCUUCACACGGACACAAGAGUGUGAUACAGUGAUGUCCCUCACGUUCCCAUGUGGUGAAACAAAAACCUGUUCUGAGUCUGUACUGUAG